CCUGUAUGCCUCCAUAAAUGCUUUUUCUUGCACCACCACUACGACCACCACCACUACCACUACCUUUUAAAUAUUCCACCAUUUACACACUCAUCUCUCCUCAUCACACGCUUUCAAGAAACCCACAACAAUGAAUCCGAAAACCAGCCUUUUCCUCUUGGCUUUCUUCCUCAUCGCAGCUUCACUUACCUUAGCGACCCGACUGGACUUCAAUGCCCAGGUCAACCAAUCACCCAAAGGCAGCAAACCCAGUAACCAAAAGAACAAAGGUGGAGGAAAUGGUGCUGGGUCUGGCGGGUUCUUUGGUCCCGGAUCCGGGUUUAACAUUCCGGGGUUUGGAAGUGGAAAUGGUAUUAUAGGCGGCGGAUAUGGAGGAGGGUUCGGAGGUCCGAGUGGAGGUUCCUCUAGAAAUGGUGUCGUAAGGCCUACUAUUGUGUGUAGGGAGAAGGGUCCGUGUUACAAGAAGAAGCUGAUCUGUCCGGCGAAGUGUUUCACCUCCUAUAGCAGGUCAGGGAAAGGGUACGGAGGCGGUGGUGGAGGCGGUGGUUGCACCGUUGACUGUAAGAAGAAAUGCACGGCCUACUGUUAAGAGAGAAUGGUGGAAUAUGAGUAACCGGUAAUAGGGUCUACUAUAUAUCACUAGUAACUUUUUUUUAUGUUAUAUAUCAUGGUGUACGUCAAUCCAGCAGUUUUUGAGACUCUGGAGCUUUUCUAUGCUUAUAUAUUUUGCGAUGACUAUAUAUAUAUAAUGAGAGAUUAUUAUUAUGCUG